GGAGUUUGGGGAGGGAGUUUGGGUCCCAACGGAAGAAGUGUGUCCUGCAGGUUGGGUGGAGGCCCCCAAAGCCUCGGUGGUGUCACCAUCACCUGACACCCCUGUGGCCCCAGAUCCAAGAUGUCCAGACCCCUGGAACGAACACUGGCUGUGAUGGUCACCACCUUUCACAAGUACUCAGGCCAAGACGGCGACAAGUUUAAGCUGAGUAAGCGGGAGAUGAAAGAACUUCUGCACAAGGAGCUGCCCAGCUGUGUGGGGACGGCGAUGGAUGAGGAGAGACUGAAGAAGCUGAUGGACGACCUGGAUAAGAACAACCACCAACAGGUGGACUUCCAGGAGUAUACUGUUUUUCUGGCCCGCGUCACUAUGAUGUAUAACGACUUCUUCCAGGGCUACACAGAGCGAUCCUGAAACAGAGCCCUCCACUCCCUGCCCAUGGGUCUUUCAGGCCCAGGAGGACUCUCUAUCCCUUCUAGUUUUGUACUCAGUAAACUUUUUGUUUGAAGAUAACAUUGUAGUUGCUGAGUGAUGUUGUAUAACCUCACUGGCUCAGUUGGAAUGCUGGAAACCGAGGGUCUCCUAGAUCUCAUCUCCUGCUGGGCCCUUCUGAAAUCUCCCUAAGGCCAUGGGUUCCAGACUUUGGGAUUUUGAAUGCAAGUAACAUUCUGGACAUGGAGAUAAGUUGCUAACAUUUGAUUUUACCAAAUAAAAAAUAUUUAAAAAGGCAAAUACCAUAUACCAACACUAUCAUUACCUAAAAAGAGAAAAUUACAAUUUUAA